UAACCUUUACUUCAUGUGCGUCGCCAUCUUGUAGUAUUUCUUGAGCAAUGUUCAUGUUAAGUGUGUGAAAAGAACGUUGCCAGCAACGCAAAAGAAUUAUCGAAAAUGUACAACAAUAUUGGCUUGCAGACGGCCCGUGGCUCGGGAACAAAUGGUUAUGUUCAACGGAACUUAUCUUUGUUACGUAGCAGGAAAGAAAAAGUCGAGUACCAUACGAAUGAAGACCUCGCCAAACUAGAACAGAUGAACACGAAAAAACCCAACCAAGAGAUCUUGGAGCACGAAAGAAAGCGACAGAUUGAACUCAAGUGUAUGGAACUGCAAGAUCUCAUGGAAGAGCAGGGAUACACUGACAGUGAAAUUGAAAGCAAGGUGGAGGAGCUGCGAAAUAUCCUUUCUGAACAAGCAGGCAUUGCAUCUAAAGACAAUAAAGAAGGAAAAUCCACUGUUACGGAAACACAUCAAAUGGCUGAAGCAAAUGAAGAGAAGAAUGCUAAAAUGAAAGAAGCUCUUGGAAUCAAGAAAGAUUACAAAGAUGGUUCGUCAUUUGACCAGGAAUUAAAGGCAGCUCAAAGAGCAGCGACGCAGUUGGCUUGGGAAGCCAAACAGAAAGAACUGGAAGAGCAAAAAGAAAAAGAAGAGAUCAAAAGUGCAAAGGAGGAGUCGCCCCCAAAGAAGAAAAAAAGAAAGCGUACUCCUGCAUCUGAGUCAUCAGGUGAAGGGAGUAACUCAGACAGCUCUGAAGAAGAUGGUGAAAAUGAUUCUUCACCUUCCCGGCGUAAAACUCAGAAAAAACGAAAACAACGGACACCAAAAGAAAGUUCAUCAGAGUCGGAGACAGAUAAAAGAAAAUCAAAGAAGACAAAAGGAGAGAAAGAAAAAAGAGACGAGUCUCGAGAGCGUUCUCGUAAAAAGAGCCCAGAGAGAAGUAGAAAGUCCCGAAGGGAAGAGAAAGAAGAAAAGGAAGUCAAACGAAAGAAGAAAUCAGUCAGCUCAGAAGAAGAAAAACCCCGAAGAAAACGAAGACAAGAUUCAGGAAGUCGAUCAGAGAGCGAAAGUCCUGGAAGACACAACAGGAAUAAUCAGCAGAAAGGGGAAAGAGAUCACAAAAGUAGAAAAGAAAAUCGCAGCCCGUCAACAGAUAAAGAAAAUGUUGCAAGAAAUCGACGCCAUAGAUCUGCUUCCUCCCCACAGAAAGCAAAGUCUUAUCAGCAAUAUAAUAAGCCCGACGAGAGAAAAGAAAGAGUCAUGCGGGAUGACCGUGUUAAUCGACGAGGCGAAGAACGUUAUAGACAGGAACGCGUCCGUGAGGAGCGUGAGGAGCGCGAUAAUCGUACACGUUAUGAUCGGUCACGUGCGGACCGGGGCAACUUGCCUGAUAACCAAGUGAGCGAAGGGCGAGGAAGGCGGAAGCGACAGUCCCCGGAGAAUGAUGUUCGUGAAAGACGGCAACGUCGUUCUGGGCGGUCGAGCUCUGCAGAGAAAUCCCCUGAAGUCACUAGGAAGCAGGGAAGACAGCGCAGUGCGCGAAGCCUGUCUGAAGAAAAGCGACCGAUACGACAUCAAGAACCUGGUGAAGAAAGGCCUGAAAGGAGGCGCCGGAGAUAUAGUACAAGCCCUGAACAAACAAGAGGUGCAGCUAGAAGAAGUGACUCUCGUGAGGCAGAAGGACAUCGUCGAACUCGACAAAGAGAAAACGUUGUCUCUAGAGAAGGCGAUAGACGGGAGGGUGGCCGAGUGGAACGUGCUGUCACUCCUAAAGAAAGGCAACGGAGACGGAGUUCUUCCAGAGAAGAGAGAAGAUCCCGAAAACACCGGUCUCCUUCAUCUGACGAUAGGCACCGCAUGGAGAACACGCGUAGAAGUCGCAAGCAAGAGCAGUCCGACAGUCUCUCUAAAGAAAGCCGCAGAAUGACCACAUCGUUCGCAUCACAGUCUCCGAUCAGAGAGAGUAGGCAGAGGAUUAGGUCACCUAGUGAAAAAGGCGAGACACCUCCGCCGAAACUGGCUGUGAAAAAAUUAGAAGUGGUGAGCGAGAAACCAAAGAAAGGAAAGCAAGUGACAAAAAGCAAACGAAAGGCCGAAGCUAGCUCAGAGGAGAGUUCUUCCAGUAGUUCGUCCGAGUCAGAGUCACAGUCAGAGUCCGAAGGCGAAUCCUCGGAAAGCAGCCCCGAGAGACCAUCCGCGCAGCCAAAACAGCGAUCACGUGCUGAAGCGAGUGUUACGGAAAGAACUCGGAAUAGCAGACCGUCAUCGUCACCUCGUAACACUAGACAGCAGUCCCCUUCCCCGUCACCUCGUAACACUAGACAACAGUCCCCUUCCCCGUCACCUCGUAAAGCUGCGUAUCAGUCUCCUUCCCCGUCACCUCGCAAUGCUAGACACCAGUCUCCUUCCCCGUCACCUCGUAAUGCUAGACACCAGUCUCCUUCCCCGUCACCUCGUAAUGCCAGACACCAGUCUCCACCAGUUCACUCUCCAAGUCCCAGUCCUUCUCCUGUGAAGCCAUCAAGACCGUCCCCAGACAGUGCGAUGCCUUCAAGACGGCGGAAAGCUAGCAGAAGCCCAAGUCCACCCCCUGUGCGUCGAAGGCCAGCUCCGAGCCCAGUUCGUGCUAGACUAACGAAUAGAAACCGAUCCAGAAGUAGGUCUGGCGGGAGAAAUGACAGAAAUAAAUCACCAAACCCCAAGGAAACAAGACAUCGUAGUCGUAGCCCGAGGGGUCCACUUCCCCUGCCAUCUCGUAGGCGUCAACCAUCCCGGAGUGUAACACCCCCAAGACCUGACAGAAUGCUCAGCUCAUCGCCUCCACGAAGACAACCUUCAAGAGGUUCCAAUCAACGCCGGAGAAGAAGUGAUAGUCGUAGUCCCAGACGUUCUCCACCCGUCCAGCCUCGGAGGCGUCAACCAUCCAGAAGUGCGACGCCACCGAGAACUAAAAGAAGCCCUAGCCCUCCCCCUGUCAGGAAACGCCGAUCAAGAAGCCCAGUUAAUGCCCGAGGCUCAAAUACGCGCCAAAGCAGAAGCCCUGCACGAAAUGCGAGUCACAGCCCUAGAAGUUCUCCACCCAAGCAAAUGCGUAGGCGUCAGCCACCAAGAAGUGUAACGCCUCCACCGAAUCGGCCUUCGCCGAGCCCAUCUCCCAAGAGACCCAGCCCUGUUCAGAGACGAAACAGAACUCCCAGUGCAUCGCCUGUCCGCAGAAGAAGCAAAGUGACGGAACGAGACCUUUCUCCUGUCCAGAGAAGAAGUCAAAGCUCCAGUGGAUCUGCGGAGAAGGGCCCUCGUGGACCUCCGUCUAGAAGAGUCCGUCAGGAGAAAAAUCAGGAUAAAGGUGAAGUGGCGAAGCCUAAACAAACUAAAACCACCGAGAACAAGUCCCGGAAGAAGAGCAGCGGCCAAAGCGGAAGUAGCUCUGAAAGUGACUGCAGUGAGAGUGAAAGUAGCAGCGACGACAGUAGCAGUGAGGAGGAGUCUGGAUCCGACAGCAGUAGCUCAAGUGACGACAAGCCAAGACGAUAGCGAGUUAAUACAAUGCUUGUUUGUGUGAUAGCUUAGAACUAACGGCUUGCACUCGGCAAAUGACAUUAAUAGGCGUAAAUGAGCAGGUUAAAGACAGUUUUCUUCUAACGUGCAGUGCUUGUACUUUAGGCGGCGUAAAUUCUCUUUUAAGUCUUCCGCCAGAGAUGAGCCCUCGGUUUUAGGCAGGAAUGUUACUUAGCAACGUGACGUAUGUUGUUAGAGACUAGUUGUCGUCACGAUUUCCUUAGUUCUCGUGCUAUUCUCUGAUUGGACUAUAAGAAUCGGAAAAUCUUCGUUUUAUACGAGGAUUUCUGUUUCCCUCGGUCUGUGCGCGCUCCAGUAAGAUACCGCCCUGAUAAGCCAGCUAAAGUCGCGGUUUUCUUAUCUUCCUCUCUCCUCUAUGAAGCUCUCGGACGCUUAUCGAAAUUUUCAGGUUUUCUCUUGUCAAUCUCCAUUAUUUACCAAGCGCAAUUUUUAUAGUUUUAUUUUUGACAAGAAACCGAGAGUCCGGCCUUCCUCAUUCACUUACAUUUAUUUUGGACUAUGGGUGGGUUUAUAUUUUAGAUUUCAUCAUUCCACGAGGGCACAAAAUUAAGGAUGAGCUCUUAUUCGAGUGAAUGUAAGUCGAUUAGCCUGGCCUAGCCGGAUAGUCCCAACCAGAAGUCGAUUAGCCCCCAUUUACGCUCUAAGAACGAGACUUCCCGUUGAGAGCUAUUCGACUUCUGGUUGGGAGCUAAACGGGGAUAUAAUUCAUGGUAGGCCACCCAUAUAGUCUCCCCGCAGUUUGCUUCUAUUUACUGCCGUUUGCUUGCGGUUAGCAUUUAAAUAUUGUGUUUAAUUGCAGUUGGCAUUUAUUUACUACUGUUUGCUUGCGGUUAACAUUUAAUUACUGCUGUUUGCUUGCGGUUAGCAUUUAAGGAGUAAAGGGGAAGGCGAU